UAAGCCUUAAUUUCUUUUUUUUAUAUAUAUUUUUACGAUAAAACGACACGCGCUCUAAAUAGUUAUAUCCUUAUUUGGUACAUGUGUAUGUAUGUAUGCGUUUGUACCGAAGCAAUGCAUCUGCUCUCUCGUGUGCUCAUGGCGGGGUAAAAAAUUACAUAUCAGCUGUCCGUUUAACGUCACACGAGCCAAUUCCAAUUUUUCCACCCUUGAAUGGCACCUACUGAGGUCCUUUCAAGUCACAUGAAUAGACGUUUGCAUUCGCAAAGCUGAGUGUCAGCAAGCAUAUAUUGAUGUGUGUUUGUAGCCCCAUCUGCUGCAUGCAAAAUAAGGGAGAGUGCGCCUGGAUAAAGCAUAUGUUGUAGCAAAAGGUCUCAUCAAAUACGUACAAACUUAUACAAACAUCCUGUACUAUGUGUACAUUUAUUCGAGCGCACGCUCACAAAAUGUUAUUGAAUUUUCCCAACUCCGCCAAGGAUAUGCGUAGACUAACUACUAACAGUUGGCUUUUUAUCCUUGUGCGGUAGUGUGACACUCGUAUACAAACGGAACAAAGAAAAUGAAUUCAGAACGAAUACGAACGCGUAAACGUUUAUUUGAGUCGGCUUGGCCGGGUGCAAAAUUUUGGAGGGGCACCAGUACGACUCCCAUUUCAUCCUACAUUUCAUAUCCAGCGAAAUUCGAUGAAGUCGACGGGCAAUCGGUUACACCCCUCACCAUGGCCGCCAUGAUGGGCAAUGUGACGUUCGUGAAGACGCUGCUCACCCAGUUCGAUAUCGAUUUGGAGCGCGAGUGCAACGUUGUCUUCGACGGACUGCUUGUGUAUGGCGCAACCGCGCUCUGGGUCGCCGCCGGCAUGGGUCACAUGCAAGUGGUGAAGAUGUUGGUGCAGCGCGGUGCCGACGUUAAUCACAACACAAAGGCGCAAUCGUCACCACUACGCGCCGCCUGUUAUGAAGGACGCUUGGAUAUCGUGAAAUAUCUAAUUGAACACGGCGCCGAUGUGAACUUGGCCAACACGUACAACAACACAUCCAUCAUGAUUGCCGCCUACAAGGGACACGCUCACGUGGUCGACACACUUCUGAAGAACGGCGCUAACCCGAAUGAGCAAGCGCUCUGCGGUGCCACCGCUCUGCAUUACGCCGCCGAGUGCGGUCAUCUGGAGGUGUGCCGACUGUUGCUCGACCAUGGCGCUCGCAUGCAAAAGAACGAGCACGGACUGACGCCCGUUCUGCAAGCCGCCGAACGUACACACGAAGUGGUCGUGGAAAUGUUCAUAUCACGCCCGGGACUAAUGACCAAAGAGGAGACAAUAACCGCAAUCGAGCUGAUGGGCGCCUCAUUUGCCAACGAUAAGGACAAUUAUAGCGUCACGAAGGCCUACCAGCACAUGAUGCGCGCCAUGGAAAUGCGCUAUGAGGACGAACAGAAGGUGAUACGAAAGCGCGUCAUGGCACCAGUGCCGGCCUAUGACGACUGGUUCGAAACAGAGAACAUACCGGAGCUGCAGGCCAUACGGCUGAACCAUCAUUCGAUACACAUGGAGUCGUUGACAAUACGAGAACGUAUUUUGGGCAAGCACUAUCCCGAUCUGCCACAGCCUAUCGUGUAUCGUGGCGCAGUAAUGGCCGACCAAGGACGUUUCGCACAGUGCCAAGUGCUGUGGAACUAUGCUAUCGAUCUGCGCAUGAUCAACAAUGUUUCAGUUGAACGUGACUUGUUGCGCUUCGCUCAACUGUUCUCACAAAUUUUGCGCUUGGAGAAGCAAACAUUGGAUCUUUCACUUGUUUUAUCUGUGUUGGUGAAGUGUCAGCAGGAAAUAGAGAAUAAUAAAUACAAAAUAGCGCAUCCGGGACCCAAAGAUGUGCCGCAGAUGUUGGCGGAUCAAAACGAACAGAAUGUCGUCACUGCCCUCUACCUCAUCAAGAUCAUCACGAAACUCUUAGCACACACCAAUAUCGACAUAGAGCGACCUCAAAUCGAACAAUUAUACUCAACGAUAUUGAAAUUCGUCAAAUGUGAUACGCGCCUGGCAGAUGGCCAGACUCUCUUACAUUUGGCUGUGAAUGGCGUAACGCCGGUGGAUGAUUUCUACACAAGUGAUAUUUGCCGCUUCCCUUGCUUCCGCACCGCAUUGUUGCUGGUGCAUGUUGGCGCUUCCGUCACAGCUGUGGAUCGCGAUCGCAGCACGCCUCUGCAUACGCUCGUUUCAAGUAUACAGUCUCCACGCGACAACCCACACGUAUUAGUGCAGGCCGAAAAGAUCGUGAAACUCUUUGUGGAUGCCGGCGCACAUUUGGACGCUGUGAAUGCAAAUGGCUUGACGCCAGCACAAGUUGGUAAUGCAGCUGGCAUUAGUAAUCUGAUACUAAGCUACCAGAAUUCGUUGACCUCCUUGAAGUGCAUCGCCUCACGUUGCAUCGCCGUCCACAAGCUGAAAUAUCAGGGUUUAAUACCCAAGGCAUUGGAGGCGUUCAUACAAAUGCACAGCGCCGAAAAGUUUUGCGGGUAAACCUUGCCAUUUUUGAUAUUCGAAGAGCUACACGUAUGUUGACCAGAGAGAGAGAGAGAGAGAGAGAGAGGAGAGUGUGGCAGUGGAGACUAUCAGCUUCCUUUCUGUAUAUUGUAAUUUUGUAUAUUUGAGAUCGAAUAUUUAUUUUAGUUAUAAAAAUCAUAGCCGCUAGGUAACUAACAAACAAUUACGGUAUUGAACAAGUGAACGCAAUACAUUUCUAAUAGCCAAUUCAAUUGAAUUGAAUUUCAUGCUUAUGAAGUUGUGAGAUAACUGAUAUUUUAUAUGAUUGUGUUAAAACUUGUUCGCCAAAAAAUAAGUUUUUUUUUUGAAUAAAUUUUGUUUGAAAUAAUUUAACCAAUAUUGUACAUUAAAAAUGUGGACUGAAAAGUUUAAUUGUAAAUACAUGCAUAUAAAAAUACAAAUGUAAAACGAACGCAAACGAAGUCACCCAAUGAACGGUGUUUUUAAGUCUUGUAGUGUAUAAAGUUGAAUAAAAAAAAUU